UAGUUCCUAUUUAAAGGGCUGGGCUUUCAAAUUCAGCUUCUGUCGUCCUUAAAAAAUAUUUUUAAAGAAGCAGCAUCAUUUAAAGAGUGAAGUCAGCUUUUUGACGUUUAUAGAUACACUUUUCUUUCUCAUUAUGACAAGAUGAAGUAAAGAAGACAUCACAGAUUGUAGUUAUUUUCAGGCAAGCAAAUUGCUUCAAAAUUCAGCAAUGGCAGAUGUUAUUCUGGAAGAAGUGCUCCUCAAACGCUCUCAGCAAAAAAAGAAAACCUCUCCUUUGAACUACAAAGAAAGGCAGUUUGUUCUCACCUCGGAAAAGCUGUCUUACUAUGAUUAUGAUCCAGAAAAAGAUAAAAGAAAAAGUCUGAAGGGCUCUGUUGAUGUUGAAAAAAUUAGGUUUGUGGAGACUGUAAUUCCAGAGGAAAAUGCAAUUCCUGAAAGGCACUUUCCAUUUCAGAUUAUCUAUGAUGAGGGUCCUCUUUAUGUUUUUGCCAAAAAUGAAGAAAGUCGGAAACAGUGGAUUCGCAAAUUGAAGAAUGUGGUCAGAUUUAACAAAGACCUAGCUCAGAAAUAUCAUCCAUGGUUCUGGGUGGAUGGCAAGUGGCUUUGUUGUCAGCAAGAAAGUAAACAGGCAAUGGGUUGCCGUAAAAUUGAACCAAAGAACUCAGCAUUCACACAUUCACGCCGGAUAUCAAGAAAGCCUCUGCCUCCAACCCCACUAGAAAGAGAGGAAAAAAUUCUGAGACCCUUACCACCAGAGCCAACAUCUCAAGUAUUGCCCCCUCUUGCCACAGAGGAAUCAGUAAUAGCCAUUUAUGACUACAGCUCCAACUCUGCACUUGACUUGCAACUUAUCAAAGGGGAUCAAUAUACGGUAUUAGAAAAGCCUGAUGCAAACUGGUGGAAAGCAAGAAACAAAUAUGGGCAGGAAGGGUUUAUUCCAAGCAAUUAUGUGACUGAGGCUGGAAAUGAAUUUGAUGGCUAUGACUGGUACUGUAAAGGGAUGUCAAGAAAUCAAGCUGAGAGCCUUCUAAAAAAAGAGAAUAAAGAUGGGGGAUUUUUAGUUCGGGAAUCCAGUAAACCAGGGAAAUUCACAGUUUCAUUGUACACUAAAGUUACUGGGGAGCCUGGAACCUGCAGGCAUUACAACAUUUGCACCGCACCACAAGGCCAAUUUUAUCUAGCAGAGAAACACUUUUUUGAGAGCAUUCCAGAGCUUAUCAACUAUCACCAGCAUAAUUCUGCAGGGCUGGUAAGCCGUCUGAAGUACAUUGUGUCCAAUAAAAAUCUCAGAGCACCAGCUAGACUAGGAUAUGGUGAAUGGGAGAUUGAUCCCCGCCAACUCACGUUUUUAAAGGAACUUGGCAAUGGGCAGUUUGGAGUGGUGAAGUAUGGGAAAUGGCAGGGUGUAAAUGAUGUUGCCAUUAAAAUGAUCAAGGAAGGAUCGAUGUCUGAGGAUGAUUUCAUUGAAGAAGCUAAAGUAAUGAUGAAACUCCAGCAUACAAAUUUGGUCCAGCUUUAUGGAGUCUGCACAAAGCAAAGGCCAAUCUUUAUUGUGACUGAAUUCUUAGUAAAUGGCUGUCUGUUGAACUAUCUACAGGAAAUGAUGAAGCCUGUUAAUUUAGUAUAUCUUCUGGAAAUGUGCAGAGACAUUAGCAGUGGUAUGGAAUAUCUGGAGUCCCAAAAGUUUAUUCAUCGAGACCUGGCCGCAAGAAACUGUUUGGUUGAUGACUGUGGAACUGUAAAAGUGACUGAUUUUGGUUUGUCAAGGUAUGUCUUGGAUGAUGAAUACACAAGCUCUGCUGGUAGCAAGUUUCCUGUACGUUGGUCACCACCUGAAGUUCUACUUUACUGCAAAUUCAGCAGUAAAUCAGAUGUUUGGGCUUUUGGUGUUCUAAUGUGGGAGGUUUACACUCUGGGGAAGAUGCCGUAUGAGCGUUUUAACAACAAUGAAAUUGUUGAAAAAGUCACUGCUGGAUUACGUCUCUACCGUCCCCAGAAUGCAAAUGAGACUAUCUAUACCCUGAUGAAGAACUGCUGGCAUGAGAAACCUGAGGAACGUCCAUCUUUUCAUGAAAUUCACUCUAACAUCAACGAUUUGUUAUAUGAACUUCAAGAGGACUAAGUUCUCUCUACACUUUAAGCAGAAUGAUCUACUUUGUAUAGUGAGACCAAACAAUUAAAAUGUGAAUAAACCAUUGUGUAGAAAGCUA